AUGAAGAUUGCUGUCGUAACAGGAGCAUCAUCGGGAAUUGGAAGAGCGGUCAGCCUACGUCUUUCUAAAGAACACUACGCUUUAUCAUUGAGUGGUCGAGAUGAAAAAGCUCUUCUGGAAACAGCUGAGCUGUGCAAAGAGAGCGGAGCAGAUAGGGUAAUUGUUACUGUCGGCGACCUGUGCGAUGAAACAAAUGCGAAAAAACUCGUGGACAAUACGAUGGAGGAAUACAAGCGCAUCGACACUCUGGUGAAUUCGGCAGGAAUACUGGUUAGCGGGAACGUGUUAGAUGCCGAUAUGGAUAUGUAUGAUCGCCAAAUGGACGUAAAUGUGAAGAGGUUGAGCAAAUACGGAUUUGUUUAA